AAAACGUCUAGUUGUAAGCACGAUUUUUUUUUCAGAACGUCUCAGAGUUUGUUGUCAGGAUGUCCUCGCCCGUGGCGCUCACAAGUAGCGGCACUGGACGACUUUUUCUUGACUUCUGGCUAUUUGGAAGUUGAUCUUGAUGCAUGCCAAAUUUUUGUUGAACUUUUACAUCUUUACGGACAAGUUUGUUUCUCCCCCUUGUCGUGCCGGGAGAGCAUGACAAAGGAGCAAAACUGUAACUAGUACAGGAGACGAGGGCAAGACGAUACUCCUCGAUCAACAAUAAAAUCACCCACCAUGAUGUUAUGUAUUUAGUACAGCGAAAAAUCUUGAGGUACUACCGAAACCUGAUUACUUUGCUCGAUGUUGAAUAAAUCUUACACGAUUUUUUUAAUUUUAGACAAAGGCACAAACAAGCGCCCAGGAGGUUCGCCUUCUUGGGUGCAACCUACUACACUUUACCACUUUCAUCAUUUUCACAGCAACGUAAUCCAGCAAUCAAUUAUGAGUAUGAGUAUCCCUUUGUUCUCAGCAAGACGAAAAAAGGAGUUUCUUGCAUUGCCGAGUUAUCCUUGUGAUCCUGCUGGAGGCAACAAGCUAUGGAAAAGUACUUCUUCGAUCAGGGGUUUUAGUUUUUACUUUUGGAAUAUUUUGAUCUUGGGACCGAAAAACCAAAACGAAAGAAAAGUGGGAGGAAUAGACUUCAGUAU